AUGGAAAUGUCGGCACUGAAGCGUCCAAGCGAAGAUGCCGACCACGAAGAUGGGCGCCGGCCGCAUCCGCCACGCACACCCAGGAUCAGGGCUUGUGCUGAAUGCAAGAGACACAAAAUCAAAUGCGAGCCUGUUGACAAUGAGGAAAAAUGUGCAAAGUGCUUGCGAAGCGGUACCGAGUGCGUGCCUUAUAACAUGAAUCAGCGCCUCCUGGAUGAGGAUGCCUCCUGGAAAGCCAAUGCGUCGGUCCAGCUAGCCCAGCUGCGUUCGGCUGUACACAUGCUGCUCAGACACAACAAGCUCCCUAAAUUGGAAGAUCUCGGGGAGUCGUCACCGCGUCCACAAUCAGGGCAGACAUUGACCAUCAGUCCGGCAAAUGUUGUGUCCGAGAAUGGACACACAACUAUGGUCAUGCCACCUCCCAUGGACAUGACGCGAGACACCUCAGUAGAAGUGGAACGCGAAUCUGGCGAAGAAUCUGGUCUAGUAAUGGCGCCUAUGAGAAGCUUGUAUGAUCUCACUAAGAUCCGGAACUUGAGAAGCAGCGUCCGAUGGAAGCCAAACUCCAGUUCUGUGGAAGAGGACUUUAUCGCACAAGGCAUUGUAACCCUGACGGAAGCUGAGGAGCUAUUUAAGCGGUACAUGCAAGACAUACGUCUGUACCUUUGGGCAGGUGUACUGUUCCCUUACGAAUCACUCGACGCAGUGCGCCGCCAAUCAACGCUUCUGACAGCGGCAGUUCUCACAAUAUCGGCGCUCCAUACGCCUGGCCGAGACGAAGCGUUGCAGAAGUGCUACAAUAUCUUUGUGUCGCUAACCUACAGUGCCUGUCUCGCUCGGCCACAUAAUUUGGACGACAUUCGGGCGCUGGCUCUAGCCGCGUUCUAUCUUUCAAAUUUGAGUUGGAAACUAUCUGGCCUCGCCGUCAGAAGUGCUGUUGAGAUGAACCUGCAUCAGUCUUUUCAAAAGCUUAUGCGGGGGCAUGAAGACCAGCGCGAUAACACCCGGUUAUGGUACGCGUUGUACGUUUGCGAACAUCAGUUCAGCAUCGCGUAUGGGCGGCCGCCUAUCAUCCACGAAGACGUCGCAAUAAAGAACAUCGACCGAUUUCUUGAUAGCCCAAUGGCUAGACCAGGCGACAUCAGGUUGGGGGCACAAGUCACUCUUUUCAAGAUACUUACCGAAGCCUACACCGCAUACGGUAGCGAUCCAGAGCAGCCACUUACCGAACCGGAUUUCCAACAACUCCGUCUGUUCAACUUCUCAAUCGAACAAUGGAGGCUUGCGUGGCAAGCAAGAUCCAUAGACAGCCCAGUCAUAGGUUCCUAUCCAUCUAAGGGUGUCGUGUUAUAUUAUCACUUCGCCCGGUUCCAACUAAACUCACUUGCGCUUCGCGCUCUACCGGCGCCUAGCGCUGCAACUUCAGAAUCCCUUUCAUACGACCGUCGGGAAGCGGCCAAUAUCGCAAUUAGCGCCGCUACGAGUACUCUCACUCUCAUCUUUGAGGAGCCUGAUCUUCGGAAAGCAAUGACCGCCGUCCCGAUCUUUACACACACCAUGGUUGCCUUUAGCGCGACGUUUUUGCUCAAGAUGGCGAAGACGUGGGGUGGCAUGGCACAGGUACAGUCACCAGAAUUGGCGACAGAACCAGUCGGACUUGGACUCAACUUCAAUAUCAACCAGGUGCUUUCUCUGUCGCGACGAUCUGCGAGCUUCCUAGAGAAAGUUGCGGAGAACCUGAACGAGAAGCACCUCAUAAGGCACAUCGUUCACGGAAUCAAUGACCUUUUGAACCGUCUUGGCGUCAUUGGAACGCCUUCCAUCUCUGUCGCACACAGCUUUCCUGUCUCUAAUACAAGUAGUGCACAACCCAUCGACUCAGUCAAUGCUACUACCGCACCGGAUUACGAAGCCGCAGAUACCACAAGCGAGUACAAUAUGUACGAUUUGAUCGGUUCGUACGGCUUUGGUUUCGAUGAGACGUUUUUGGGCCAGGGAGCUUCGACAAAUCUUGACUUCUGGCAAACCGAGCCUUUCUGA